AUGACAGGCAUUGAGCGCAGGACACAGUCUACUUUUUGUUGUCCUUUAACUAGAUCAGAACUCCAGCGCCUGAGAACGUCAGAGAUGAUUUUUUGAACGCCAGGCGUCCGGAGCUAGCAGCCUGUGACACUGCACAGCCGCGUGCGCCUUCCAAGGCUAACCUCUUAAACCCUUAGGAUGCUUAUGGUCCGGCGGGAGGCAGAGCCACCCACGUCGCCCUGCCGCCGUGCGCGUUCCCGGUCAGCCGGCGGACGCCGCGGCGCACGCGCACGGUCAGCCGGAUCGCAGGCGCCGCCACAUCCGGGGCUCGGCGGCCGGAACGGUUGCCAUGGCAGCGGGGUCGCGGCGGGCGCGCGGGCGAACCUGGAGGCUGCGGGCGGCCCGGCGGCCUGAGGAGCCCCGGAGCCGUACAGCCGCGCCCGCAGCUCCACGAGGCAUCCAGGCAGUGCCGCCGCCAUGUCGCUGGGAACCGGAGACCCAACCUCGGAUAUGGGAGAUGACAGUCUCUCUGCAAUUACCUUUGACUCUGAUUUUGAGACGAUGUGGCUUACAUGUCUGCCGAGUUAGCCUCCAUCCUGUGGCCUUGCCCCCUCCACCCAUUCUGGACACCCAGUGCUUCACAGCUGGGCCGUUUGGAUCCCCAGGGAGGCUGGACCAGCUUUACGUGGUUUCUUCUCUCUUCCAGAAAGCAAAAAGGAAAAGUUUCCACAAACCUCCACCCACAUCACCAAAGUCACCAUACCACUCCAAGCCCAGAAAAGUGGCAUCCUGGCGAUCUCCGAGGACAGCAGCAAGCGUGCCUCUUGGUAACAGAAUGUCCCUGACCCCACAGAAGCUGUGGCUGGGAAGCUCAAAGCCAGGCACAUUCAAACCAGGAAGUCUGACCCAACCGCUGCAGUCAGACCUCACCUUGGAGCGUGCAUGGAUCAGCCCCACCGGCAGCUCUCCAGACUAUGUGACAGAAACUUGGAGGAUGAAGAGGUCAAAUCUCAGGCGUUCUGCCAGCAAUGGUCAUGUCCCUGGGACCCCCAUCUACAGAGAGAAAGAAGAUAUGUAUGACGAGAUCAUUGAGUUGAAGAAGUCACUCCACGCACAGAAAGGCGAUGUGGACCUGAUGAGGACGAAGCUCCGGCGCUUAGAAGAGGAAAACAGCCGGAAGGACCGGCAGAUCGAGCACCUGUUGGACGCCCCCCGGGGCCCAGACUUCAUUCGCACUCUGGCGGAGAAGAGGCCCAAUUCUGGCUGGGUCAUCAGCGGGCUAAAGCAGAGGAUCCUCAAGCUGGAGCAGCAGUGCAAAGAGAAGGACAACACCAUCAGCAAACUGCAGACCGAUAUGAAGACCACUAACCUGGAGGAGAUGAGGAUUGCCAUGGAGACCUACUAUGAGGAGAUUCAUCGGCUGCAGACUCUCUUGGCAAGUUCUGAAACUACAGUAAAGAGGCCUCCAGCGGAGAAGAAAAUGGGCCUCAAAAGUCAGAAAAAAGUGAGCAGCGCCCUCCUGAGCCUGUCACAGAGCGUUCAGGAGCUCACGGAGGAGAACCAGAGCCUGAAGGAGGACCUGGACCGUGUGCUGAGCAACUCCCCCACUGCCUCCAGGAUCAAGGGUUACAUGGAGUGGAGUAAGCCCCGGCUGCUUAGACGGAUCGCAGAGCUGGAAAAAAUCAGUUUGGUGGAAAGGCAAAAAUCACACACUUCAGAAGUGGUCAUGUCGAGCCCACCAGCUCAAUCUGCAUCCAGUUCUGCGGUGGACAGGCAGCCGAGGUCGGACCACCAGAGGGAGAGCGAACGCCUGCGGGGGGCUGUGAGGAACCUGAGGGCCGAGCGGAGCACCCUCCAGGCGCAGCUGCAGGAGAGAGAUUUGGAAGUGAAGCAGCUACUACAGACAAAGGCGGACUUGCAGAAGGAGCUAGAAAAUGUGAAGGAAAAUGAGAAGGAGAGAAGAGCAAGAGAGGAGGCUUUGCGAGAAGAAAUUCAAACACUUACCAAGAAGUUUCAAGAACUGGAAGGAAAUAAGAAAGAAGAGAAGGAUGAGCCCAUGGAACUGAGCCCUGAGACUCCAGAACCCUGGCCCUCGCGUCCUGCCAGCAGGCCCUCCCCACAGGACUCGGGGCCGGACACGGGUGAGGGGGGCGCCCCCUGCACCCCCUCUGGCUGCUCCGACCGGAGGAGAGAUGCAGCCGCCCGGACCCUGCAGGCCAGAUGGAAGGCGUACAAGCACAAGAAAAAAAAGGCUGAUCUGGAUGAGGUGGCUGCUGCGCUUCAGGCAGCCUUCCGGGGUCAUCUAGUGCGGGUGAAGCUGCUAUCAAGCAAUGCCUGUGGUUCACAGAUUCCCAGCCUUCCCAACCAGAGCUCUCCUGCGCCCUGUGUUCCGAGUCCCAUCGCCCAGGCUGAGGGUGAUGCGAGGCACGAGGAGGCCAUCACCAUGAUCCAGUCCGUCUUCCGGGCGCACCUAGUGCGGACCAGGCACGGCCCCAUCUGUCAAAGACGUGCUGCCGCAGCUCCCGCCAAGAAAACCUGUGCUCCAGCCACACCCAGCCAGCCCUGCUCCCCACCCUUCCUGGCAACCUGUCCUGCUGAGCUGGCGCCCUUGGAGCUGCAGCCAGCCAUGCCCCCACCCACCGAGGACAUCAUCUCCGAUGACUCCGACGAGAUCAUAGUCGCUCCAGCGCUGCCUUCCAAGAAAAGUGCCUCCCAGUCCUAGACCGCUGGCCGUUGCCCCUCACGUCGGCGUGGCUGGUGGGGGCCACUAGGGUUAAGAGGACAAAGCUCGUUCCAGGGGACCUAACUAAAACGGGAAAGUGAUUUAUCUCAUUAGGAAAAGAGCAGUACCUUCUCCACGCCACCGGCUCCAUGGGUUUCUCUGGUUUGCUCGCUGGCUGGUAUAGAACCCUGAACACCUGCAGGGGAUCUCUGGGAAGGGCCAGUGCUCGCCUCACUGCCUCACCUCUGGCUGGUUUUCAGCGCAGGGCAUCAGCCAGAACAAGGUCGCCAGAGCCCUGCAAAGACGUGCCGCUGAGGCCUGGGAAGGCCUGCCUUGUCGGGAGCCAGUGCUGAGGUCACCCACCGCCUACCCUCAUGGACGUUUGUCCAGCCAGGUCAAGAUGGACAUGCCAAGCCAUGCGUUUUGGAAGAGGCGAAAUAGGCCUGCAGUGGGGGCAGGGCUUCCUCAUCCCCAGGACAGACGCUGGUGACUUCAGGGUCCAAAAUGAGGGCAUGUCCUGGCUCCCCACUCCGACCAUCAUCAUCCCUGCUCCCUGCGUCCCCAGGAGCUCCUGGGCCCAGGAAGGGGCUGUGGGAGUCUUUCAUUGGGUAUAUGAAGUGUUUUAAAAAUACCAGAUUAUGAUCUAAUCCCUUUGACACUGCAGCGGGGAAGCAUGUCCUGCGAGCCCAGUGGCUCUGGGGGCUCACCCCGCAGAAGGAGAACGGGAGUCAGGCAGCCCCGGCCCUGCUGUAUGCAGGCCCGGCUCCACGGCCCACACCCUGCUGGUUUGGCACCGAGGUGCGUUCAGAAGCCCAGGCUCACCCUUCCUGUGUGGGAUUAGCCCUGCUGGUGUAUGGGGCCCCGAGGCCUGGGUGGGCUCUGGGGCGCGGCCCCUCCAGCCUCAGCUGCCUGCUGCCCUCUAGGGGUGGUGUAAGUCCGGUGCGCGGCCAGCCCUGCAGCACAGCAGCUCUUUUCAGGUGGAGCUCAGGGACACAAGCGCAGCCCCAACGGUGGCCAGAAAGUCCCCAGCUCCGGCUUGCAGGCCGGCGGCUGGAGGAGCUCUGUAGCCCGCAGUGGGUGGCCCACCUCCGCAGGGCACCCCGCCUCACACUCUUUCUCCACGUAGGCUCUGUUCAUAAUCCUGAGUCAGAAAAAUUCCAGCCAAGGGGCCUGGCUUGUCUAGUUGUUCGUUCUUUAGCCUGUGGGCCGUCACAUAGAUUUUCCUCUUCUUUUUACCCCCCUGGACUGAUUGAUAAUUUGAUGGCAUCUGACACUUGCUUGUUUUACCCACUGGAUCAUUCCCUGUAACCCAGCCUGUGCUUCCCCAGGUGCCAGGCUCAGCAUAUGAGGUCUGUAGGCACCUGCCCACCAGCACAGACCCCAAGGGACAGAGCCGUGCAGAUGCUGGCUGCUGCACCCCAUGCAGAGCCACGGGCAUUCCCUCAGUGCCCUCACCCAGGAGCUCCGCAGGCCCUCACGGAUGACAGGUCACCAUCAGGGUGUCCCGCCCCUGGCCUGGCGGCACUGUGGCCUGCAGGGGCCUCAAGUUUUCCAAGAGGAUGCCCAAGCUGUAAAUGCACACGUUUGCCCACCUGUGCCCCUCGGCCCUGCAUUGCGCUCACAGGUUUGCCUGCCUGUGCCCCUCGGCCCCACAUUGCACUCACUUAAAGGCAACAGCCCGGGAGGAGCUGCCUCAGUCAUUGACACCCCACAGGCUGUGACUUGAGCUGGUGUCCCAUAUGCCCUUUGGGGGGCAGCCUUCCUGCACUCUGACUCUUCAGCCACUGCAGGUGAGUCCCUGGGAACACAGGGCCCGGGGCUCAGGUGGGGCUCUGGGCAGGGAGCAGCUGGGAAGAGGGUGCAAAGGGGCUGGGAACCUAGAGGUCUGUCUGCCACUGGGCCGCCUCUGUGGUGCCGCCCCACAGACUAGCCCAGGCUCGUCCCCCAGGAGCCCGACCCCACAUGGGGUGAGGGCAGGGCUGAGCAGUGGAGCAGUCCUCAGGGUAACAAGACUGAAGUCAGUGGGGCCAGGAAAGGGCAACAGGCCCACAUGGGCAGCAGUGGAGAGGCAUGUGCCCACACUGUAGGACUACUCCUCAGCACUCGCCCAGCUCUGGGGCCUCCACCCGGCCCGACUGCUGCUGCUGGGCUGUGGGCGUCCCAGCUCUGAAAGCCGCCCUCCCUGCCCCCUGAGGCCAGUGGGAAGGGAAGACGCACAUCUCCUGGGCCCAGCCCUGCGGGCUGGGUGUGCACAGCACUGUGCCUGUUGACGCAGCAUGGCUGGGUCUGUCUGUGAAGCAGAGUGUGUGAGCUGCCUGCCCUUCUGAGCUGGGGGGACAGUCCGUGCUGCCCCCACCAGUUCCCUCCAGAGCAGGCGCUCCAGGGGCACACUCUGGGACCCGUAGCCAGCUGACCCGCCUGGCCACCGGCCUUCGUAGGAUACUGUUCCUGUCAGCCAUGGGAGAGACCGAUCGCCUUUCUGAGGGUGCUGGGCAGCUAUAAAUGAACCCAGCCAGUGCCAUGGCUGAAGGCCUUGGUUCCUGUUCACCCAGAUGACACAGCUGCAGGGGCCAUGCAGGGAGGAGCAGGUUCUGGCAAGAAGACCAGGGGCCGGGGCCAGAUGGCUGCCUGGACACUGGCAAAGGGAGGCUGGGACCAAAGCCUUGGGCAGGUGUGGGAGGUGUGUCAUGGGGGCUGGCCAGGUAGGAGGUGGUAGGUUUUCAGAAGGCUCUACUGUGGGUUUCUGUGCAAAGUGUGCUCCUGGAGCAAAAGGCACAUGACUAGGAGGUAUCCCCCCCAGGGAGCAGGGGCAGAGGGUCCAGAGAGGAGGACAGCCAUGAUGGCAGUGCCCCCAGGCCUCCCGAUGGGUGCUGCCGGUGGGACCGCCCAGCUGGCCGGGGGCAAGGAGCUCGGUGUACUCAGGGUCUUGUUCACUUGCCCACCUGUGUGAGGAGGGAUUUUAAGGUGGGCAGGGCUCUGAUGUCUGAUGGCAUGCACUGGCUGCUCAUCCCCUGACAAGGUGGGUGAGGACUGAGCUCCCAACCCUUCAGACCCUCCAGAAACCUUCCUGGCAAAAGCACUGUCGCAUCAGCAGGUGGACCGACCCGCUGAGAUCCAGCAGGAGGAGCACAGCAGAGCUUUGCUUUGUAUAUAAGAAGUAGAUACUCCCUGCAGAAAGCCCCACAAGCCUUCACAAUCUGAGUGAAAUUUAAAUUCCAUUAGAACCCAGCUAAGCUGGUCAAACCCCUCCUGUGCCUUUGGAAGAGCAACUCUGGGGACCUUAGAGGGGACACACAGCUGUGGGGGGUCAGGCGGCUACUCCAGGCUCCUGCCUCGCCGAAGCCCUGAGAGCCCGUUAGCAGCUGGCCAAGCCAGCACCCCAGAAAGCGAAGCAAGUUCUUGUGCAAGUUGAAGUGUGAAGUAUUGGCCUUUGUAAAUGAAAGUUGACUCGCAGGGCAUUUGUCUUGAUUACCCAAUAAAUCUGUCAUCUUAAUCACCUCA